AUGCAUACAAAACGAGGCUUCGGGCUUCUCUUUUUCUUCGCCGCCAUUAUUUAUUCAAUUGGGAAUCAAUUCCGCAUUUGCAACGUUGGGGACUCUCUGCUGUUCCUCAUGCCACACGAGGCAGGAUGCAUCCCAUGCGUGAGGACCCUUUAUCGCCAAAGAGAGAGGGAUCAGUGGCUCUUUACGGGAAAUGAGGCGGCAGCAGCAGCAAAUGGAAGAAUGCUAAUACGUCUCUUCUCUUUCCACCACUUUGACGACGUUGGACCCAAAAGGCGGACCACAUGUGAAUGCAGAGCACGACGCACUUACUUGUGCACUGUUGUUCGACUUGUCGUGAAGCGGGAUGGAGCCGUCAACGACUCACCUGGCGGAGAUGCGAGCUGGAACGAUGAUCUCACCCGACUCGCACCGUGUGUGUUCCCAUCGUACAUGCGGGCGCACGCAGGGCACUCCAGAGAGCCUAUAAACCGUUUUUUAAAUUUGUGUAUGCUCACAUUGGUUACGUCGCACACGGUUUCCUUCUUGGCAAGAGACCCGGUGAUGUUUGGGCACAACUGCAGAGUUUUAUUGGGGAGGACGCGAAGACCGCGAGAGAGGCGUCUUCUCUCGACACACAGGAGGCCGGAAGAGGGUGCGAGGGCUUUCGAGGUUGGAUGCGACUGCAGUUGGAGGCGCGUCACGAUGAUUGGCCGCGAAGUGUGA